AUGCCUUCUAACAAUAAUGGGGAAAAUAUCAACGCUGAUGUCAAUCCUAAUAUCAGCGAUCAUACAUUAGCGCACGGGCAUGACUUCCAUGAAUUCAGAGAACAAGACAGAUGGCUUCCUAUCAAUAAUGUGGCAAGGUUAAUGAAAAAUACGUUGCCGGGGUCAGCAAAGGUCUCGAAAGAUGCCAAGGAAUGUAUGCAAGAAUGUGUCAGUGAGUUUAUAUCUUUCGUUACAAGUGAAGCAAGCGAUAGGUGUGCUAAUGAUAAGAGGAAAACAAUAAAUGGUGAAGAUAUACUGAUAUCUCUUCAUGCAUUGGGUUUUGAAAAUUACGCUGAAGUAUUAAAGAUAUAUCUUGCCAAAUACCGACAACAACAGGCGUUGAAACAACAACAACAAGAUGAUGAUGAUGCUGAACAAGAACAACAGCCGUCAACCGCUUUUACUAGUUGA